CCAAGUGCAGGAACACAGUAGAGAAGAAGCAGCAGCUGAUCUGCACUGCUGCUUGAUCCUGGUCUGCGUUCUGGUUCUCACUUUGCAGAAUUACGCUCUUCUGACCUCUGAUAAUGAAAGCAGGAGGAACCAGGAGGCGCUCUUUAAGGAGCUCUGCAUGCUCCCCUGGACCUUCUCACCCACAGGUUGUGAAGACAGAAGAGUCUGCAGAUGGAACGAGAGCAAGCUCUGUGGGACACGUCAACUCUGCGGACAGAGAGAAUGGAGGAUUCCUGAAGAAACCUAUAAAAAAGGAGGAACCUGAAGAUGAAGACUACCUUUACUGUGAGUACUGCAGAUCCUUCUUCACCAAUGAGUGUAACGUUCAUGGUCCAGCUGUGUUUGUCUCUGAUACUCCUGUUCCCAUGGGAGUCACUGACCGAGCCGUACAAACCCUUCCACCCGGUCUGGAGGUUCAGACGUCCCGUAUUCCUGACGCGGGCCUGGGAGUGUUCAAUAACGGCGAGAUUAUUCCUGUUGGUGUGCACUUCGGACCCUAUGAGGGAGAUCUGGUAGACAAAGAGGAAGCCAUGAGCAGUGGCUACUCGUGGGUGAUAUACAAGAGCAAGCAGUGUGAGGAAUACAUAGAUGCCAAGAGAGAGUUGCAUGCUAAUUGGAUGAGGUAUGUGAAUUGUGCUCGUAAUAACGAUGAGCAGAAUCUGGUGGCUUUCCAGUAUCAAGGGGGGAUUCUGUACCGUUCCUGUCGUCCCAUUAAACCAGGACAGGAGCUCUUAUUGUCAUAUGAAGAGAAGUAUGCCAAAGAUCUCGGCAUCACCUUCGACUACAUCUAUAACAGAAAGUGCUCAGUGAAUGGAGAGAAGCGUUAUCACUGCUCACAGUGCAGGAAGAAUUUCAGCAGACAUAGUCAUCUCCAGCGACACCAGCGCAUUCACACGGGAGAGAAGCCGUAUUACUGCUCACAGUGCGGGAAGAGUUUUACUCAGCAGAGUCAUCUGCAACAGCACCAGCGCAUUCACACAGGAGAGAAGCCGUAUCACUGCUCAGAGUGUGGGAAGAGUUUUACAGGACAGAGUCAUCUUCAGGUACACCAGCGUGUUCACACAGGCGAGAAGCCGUACCAGUGCUCGCAGUGCGGGAAGAGUUUUACUGAGAAAGGCACUCUCAAGGCACACCAGCGCAUUCACACAGGAGAGAAGCCGUAUCACUGCUCACAGUGCGGGAAGUGUUUUACUGAGAGAGGGAGUCUCAAGACACACCAACGCGUUCACACCGGAGAGAAGCCGUUUUACUGCUCAGAGUGCGGGAAGAGUUUUACCGAGAGAGGGAGUCUCAAAACACACGAGCGCAUUCACACAGGAGAAAAACCGUAUCAUUGCUCAGCAUGUGGACAGAGAUUCACUUACUCUGUAACAUUAAAAACACACAAGUGCACCAACGCGAAACCAUUGCAUUCUGAAUCCUGGCCACUCACUCCUCACUCCAGCCCAGUAGGUGGUGCUCCUGAGCUCUAUAAGGGCUUCACCAACCCCAGAAAAACGCUAAAGAAGCAGAAGAAGCAGAAGAACAGAAGCAGCAGUGGCUCUCCAGAGCGACCUCUGGAUCCGUGUCCACUUUCUCCAUCUGAGCAUCACAUGUGCACUUUGCAUGAAGUGUGCAGUGAGGAUUGCAGUGAGGAUUAUUUGCGCCAGUUUGGACCUGUUAUAAUGGAACCAGAACCAGAACCAGAACCACUGGACCCCAGCACCACUGCAUGCACACCUGGUCCUGAGCACUCACAGCUUUGUGAGGCUGUGACGACCCCUGUGGAUGACGAGCAUGGAGGAUUCCAGAAUAAACCUGUAAAAAAGGAGGAACCUGAUGACCAAGACUGUCUUUACUGUGAGCUCUGCAGAUCCUUCUUCACCAGCGAGUGUAAUGUUCAUGGUCCAGCUGUCUUUGUCCCCGAUACCCCUGUUCCCAUGGGGGUCACUGACCGAGCCAUACAAACCCUUCCUCCUGGUCUAGAAGUUCGAGAGUCCAAUAUUCCUGAUGCAGGCCUGGGAGUGUUUAAUAAAGGAGAGAUUAUUCCAAUUGGUGUGCACUUCGGACCCUAUCAAGGAGAAGCUAUGAACAGUGACUUCUCUGUGGUGAUAUACAGGAGAAAGAAGCGUGAGGAAUACAUAGAUGCCAGAAGAGACAAAAAUGGAAACUGGAUGAGGUAUGUGAAUUGUGCUCGUAAUAAUGAUGAGAAGAAUCUGGUGGCAUUCCGGUAUCAAGGGGGAAUUCUGUACCGUUGCUGUCAACCCAUUAAACCAGGACAGGAGCUCUUGCUGUCAUAUGAAGAGGAGUAUGCUGACGAUCUCAGCAUUACGUUUGGUUGCCUCAGUAACAAAAAGUGCACAGACAAUGAAAUGAACGGCACCCUGCAAGUCAUCUCUUGCUCCUUUUGUCCACUUUGGUAUACAUCUCAAAUUGAUCUACACAAACAUGUUCAGAGAUGCCACAGUGAAGAAUAUGAGAGACUGCAAAAAUCAGAAGAGAUUAAACAUGAGAAUCUAAUACUGACGAGAAGUCCCAGUAGUCAGUGCGAUGAGUACCGUAAGAUGCAGGCUAACACCAUUCCCAGACAAAUGCAGAAAAAAAUUCACCACUGCUCAGACUGUGGCAAAAGUUUUACUCAACAAAGUCAACUCAAGGAGCACCGGUGCAUUCACACAGGAGAGAAGGUGUAUCAGUGCCCAGAGUGUGGGAAGAGUUUUAUUCGAGAGAGUAUUCUCAAACUGCACCAGCGCAUUCACACAGGAGAGAAGCCGUAUCAGUGCACACAGUGCGAGAAGAGUUUUACUCAGCAGAGUUCUCUCCAACAACACCAGCGCACUCACACUGGGGAGAAGCCAUAUCACUGCUUAGAGUGUGGGAAGAAUUUUACCCGACAGAGUCAUCUCCAACAACACCAGCGCAUUCACACAGGAGAGAAACCGUAUCACUGUGCACAGUGUGGGAAGAGUUUUAAUCGAGGGAGUUGUCUCCAACAACACCAGCGCACUCACACAGGAGAGAAGCCGUAUCACUGUUCUCAGUGUGGGAAGAGUUUUUUUCGAGGGAGUCAUCUCCAAGAACACCAACGUGUUCACACGGGAGAGAAACCAUUUCAGUGCUCACAGUGUGGGAAGACUUUUACUUACCAUAGUACUCUCCAAGAACACCAGCGCAUUCACACAGGAGAGAAGCCGUAUCACUGCAAACAGUGUGGGAAGAGUUUUAGUCACUACAGCUCUUUCCAAAAGCACCAGCGCAUUCACACGGGAGAGAAGCCAUAUCAGUGCUCACAGUGCGGAAAGAGUUUUAAUCAAGAGGGUAUUCUCAAACACCAUCAGCGCAUUCACACAGGAGAGAAGCCGUAUCGCUGCUUAGCGUGCGGGAAGAGUUUUACCAGACAGAGUCAUCUCCAGCAACACCAACACAUUCACACAGGGGAGAAACCGUAUCAGUGCUCACAGUGCGGGAAGAGUUUUACUCACAGCAGUUCUCUCCAGCAACACCAGCGCAUUCACACAGGAGAGAAACCGUAUCAGUGCUCACAGUGCGGCAAGAGUUUUACCAAACACAGUCAUUUCAAAGUGCACCAGCGCAUUCACACUGGAGAGAAGCCGUAUCACUGCUUAGCGUGUGGGAAGAGCUUUACCAGACAGAGCCAUCUGAAGCAGCACCAGCGCAUUCACACCGGAGAGAAGCCGUAUCAGUGCUCACAGUGUGGCAAGAGUUUUACUCACAGCAGCACUCUCCAAGUACACCAGCGCAUUCACACAGGAGAGAAACCGUAUCACUGCUCACAGUGUGGACAAAGAUUCACUCGUUUAAGAAGAUUAAAUACACACACGUGCGAUACCACAAAGCCAGUGUGAUGUGUUUUGACCACCAGUUGAUUACACAAAGAGUGUAUAUAAAUUGAGUUCCUGGUCUUUGAACAGACUGAUCUUUCAUUGCCUCUUCCUUCACUUUCUUAUAUUAUUAGAUAUUGUUGACAUUAUAAACUACUUGUAUAUCCUUUUUUGGGUUUUUAAUAUGCUGUAUUGAUUUCUUUGUCUUGUAGAGAGCAGUACUUUGACUUCACAGUGAUCACAAGGUUUGACCAACUAAAAACAUAUAAUAAUUAACUCCUUAACUUUAAUUUUUUUUCCAAUGGCACAUGCUGGAGAUAUGAUGGGCCAAAUGAAUUCCUGCCUAAGAGCCUCCUAGAUGUUCUCUAUAGCGGCAGUCAUCGUGACGGAUGAGGAAUAGAUGCGGGAAUGCUGAGUAGUCCCUGGCAACAAGUCAAUAGAAGAAGAAGCCUUUAUUUGUCACAUAUACAUUGCAGUACAGUGAAAUUCCUUUUUUCCAGCUUGUUAGGAAGCUGGGGUCGGAGUGCAGUGUCAGCCAUGGUAUGGCACCCCUGGAGGCUCAACAGUGCAGCUUGGCAGUUCUGGGGCUUGAACCCCUGACCUUCUGAUCAGUAACUCAGAGCCUUAGCCAUUGAGCCACCACAGCCCCAUGAACAAACAAUCCCAGGGUUGUUGUGGAGAAAGUUUGGCAACUUCUUGUUUAUUCUGUAGGAUACAGAAUACAGAUUUGGUAUUCUGUAGGCACACUCCAUUUGCUUAUCUUCCAAGCUUUCUAUAACGGUAGAGCUGCACUAGAUCUGGACAAGCUGUUGGAGAACAAGCUGCUUAUUUGUCCUCUUGACCAGUUUAUCCUGGGAUUGUGUUGUUUUAACAAGGAAGGAAGACCUAGUAUUAUUUAGACCUAGUAUUUUGAAUUUUGAUAAUGUCUAUGAUCUCAAGUUCAGGGUUUUGGUAUUCAGGUCUAGAAAAAAAAACCUACAGCUUGAAUAAGUCGGGCAGAUUCUAUAGUCAGUAAAGGUCAUAUUCUGAUAUUCAGAAAACAAUCUUCAGGAUCCGGUAGUUGGUGUGAUUGGAGAAAAUAUAGUAUAAAGGACAAACAGUAGUGGACAAAGAACUGACACCUGAGGAACACCAGCAUUAAAGCUGUGAGAUAAGGAAUUAAUACUUAACCUUGGACACAUUUGUCUUCAAUGUGAAUGGCUGGCUGAUUCACAACCUCUUCAAGUAUGUACUGAAGAGGCACAAGGUGCUUGGUCCAGCUCAUAAUAUGUACUGAUGCUGUCUACGUAUGCAGCGGUGUACUGGUGGUGGACUCCUACCUAGUGGUAGGAUGAUUUUCUUGAGUCUCUGGAAGGCUGCUACUGAAGUUGGUCUUGGAGUCAGGUGAUCCUGCCAGCACCCUAUUGGACAGCACCCUAAAUUUCAGCAUGGAAAUAUAUCACAACCUUCUCAGGUGUUCAGUGAGCUAAUCCACCUGGGACAUCUUACCUGUGCAUGUUUUUGGGUGCAAUAUGCACUUCAGUAUUUGGUUGAAAUGCUUCCCUAACCUAUCCAUCAAAGAUUGUUGUGAAUCUGAGGUACUGGAAGGUUUUUCUGACCAUUACAGGCCUUGAAUUCCGGGGAUCUUCAAUAUUAACAUUCAGCACCUGUGUCCACUAAAGAAUAAACUGGGUUUCCAUACAUUUCAGGCCAGUCUUUGCAUUACUUUCCAUGCAGCUUGCCAUCCAUGCUGAAUGUCUGGGGUUGAUGGGCAUUGGCUCAUCACUGGGGCUGCAUGCAAGGGUGCAGUGUUUUGCCAAGGGUUGUAGUUCCUGAGGGCACUCGACCAUUAAGUGGGUUCACAUUAGCUUUACAGUGGUGACACUUUUUUCUCAGCUCGUCAGAAAAGACUUAGAGAACUAUGUUUGUCAUCUAAUUGGAAAUAAAUUGAUUUUAUGUUCCACAACACUGGUGUGACCUUUCACUCAUCUACACCCAUCUCCGAAUGCUAGCGUUAGACUUUCUGUAAUUAAAUGUAUGGUAAGAAGAGCUGUAGAGAAAAAAUAUUCUGAACUGUAUUUAUAUUAAAGGGAAAACAUGAAUAAUUUGUUUAGUCUAUAGUAAGUAAAGUUUUCAUUCAAGAGGAGAGAAAACAGUUCCCAAAUGGUGGAGCAUUUGUAGAAGAGGUGUCAUGAUGCUCUAUUUGUGUUUUAUUUUAUUCUUGCCCUGUAGAGAUAUUUAUAAACUGGUUAUAGACUAGGAGUGAAGCAUUAUAGUAAAAGAUAUGAGCUGAUUACAACUUUCUGUUUUCUGUGUAAUAGAGAACACUAAUAUAUGACUGUCCAGGUAUGUGUGUAUGGAUGAUGAUGAUGAUGAUGAUGAUGAUGAUGAUAGUGGUGAUUAUUGCUAUUAGUGUUGUUUCUUCUUCAUCUAUUAUUAUUUUUUCCCCUGUUUUGGAGCACUGGUCCAUAAUGGCCACCAGGGGGAGGGAGAGGAGAGAGCAACACAUUUCUGAGCACUUAUGAUACUGUAUGUUUUUAUAUGUAUGCAAAUUUGUAAAUUUGUAUUCUAGUUUUCUAUAGAUGACAUUAUAUAUGUCCUUUUAUAAGUUGUUAAUGUUAUAAAACUGUUGCAUGCCACUUAUACGUGUUUAAAGCCAUGCUUGUAUCUAACUCCUACAAUAUUCUCAUGCACUAACUUCCUGUAGCUCUGCUUUCCUCUGUAGGACCUGAGCACUAUCAUACUGUAACUCAUCACAGUCUUGUUAUAUUCCACAGCUUACUCAGAUAAGUCUGGUCUCUCUAUACCAUCCCUGUAGCCUAGAUUUGUAUUUAUUAUAUAUAUUCUACAUCAAUAUUAGACUAAAAGUAUAAACAUACACCUACUACUCAGAAUAUUUAAGCCAACUCUGUUACACAUGGUUUCAGUCUGUGCUUUUUCUUACACCAUUCUUUCCUCACACCAUCUCUUAAAUCUGUUCAAUAAAUUCAUAUGAAAAACUCUCAUUAU